AUGUCUCAGGCCCUACGACCUCUGUUUGUGACAGUCACAUGGGGUGCUGGUGGAAGCACGGCUGCCAGGUCACUUGAAUUGGCAGAGAUUUGCCAGAGACAACUUGGAUUAACGACAUGUCUCCAUUUGACAUGCACGAACAUGAACCGAACGUUGAUAGAUGAGGCAUUGGAAGAGACAAAAGCAUUGGGUAUCCGCAAUAUCCUUGCUUUGCGUGGUGACCCUCCACGAAGCGAGGAGUAUAAUAUAGAUGGUGAGGAUGACAGUAAUAAGGACUUCAAUUAUGCGGUGGACCUUGUGAGAUAUAUCCGAAAGAAAUACGGCGAUUAUUUUUGCAUUGGCGUUGCGGGCUAUCCCGAAGGCCAUGCGGAUGAAUCUCACCCAGAGGUGCAAGAUCUAUUGAAAGAUCUGCCAUACUUGAUAGAGAAAACUCAAGCUGGCGCAGACUUCAUCAUGACUCAGUUAACGUACGACAUUGAAGCAUAUAAGAAGUAUGAGGCCUUGCUUAGAAACCAUGAGUCUGGAACUUUCAAGACUAUCCCUAUCAUACCCGGCUUAAUGCCCAUUCAAAACUACCACACUCUGACCAGGGUCACCAAGCUGAGCCACGCCAAAAUACCUCCACAGAUACUGGCAAAGGUUGAAGCCUGUAAAGCUGAUGAUGAGGCUGUAAAGCGAGUUGGUGUCGAUGUUGUCAGCGACCUUGUAGAGAAUAUCAAAAAGGUUGCCACACCAGGACAUCGCGGCUUCCAUUUCUAUACUCUCAACUUGGAGAAAUCGGUAUCCUUCAUCUUGGAACGAUGCAACUUGAUUCCUCCAUCAUCCGAAGCCCCUAGCGAUAGCGAGCUUGAUUUUGAGUCUGCUGUGUAUGCUGCUUCAGGAGCAUCGAAUGGUGUUGCAACUCCCGACGGCAGAUCAACAAACGUGAACCGAUUGCGAGCUUCCUCGAUGAAUUCCCAGCCACACAACCGUGUUAUUGUCGAUAGACUGACUCGUGCCUCUGACAGAUCUGAGCGAAGUUCCACCGUGCAUGAAACUUCUGCUCAGACUGCAGGGUAUCCUGCGCUUAACCCCCCAAACCGUAACACUGCCCUGCAAAUAUCUGAGGGUCUUGGUUCUUUGGGGCGAGAGGCAACGUGGGAUGACUUCCCCAAUGGUCGAUGGGGUGAUGCUCGUUCUCCAGCCUUCGGUGAAAUCGAUGGAUAUGGACCGUCUCUCCAUGUAACUGCACAGGUCGCUAGGAAACUAUGGGGAACACCAACUUCCAGAGACGAUAUCAGCAACAUCUUCAAACGCCUACUUUCCGGUGAACUACAUGUUGUUCCCUGGUCUGAAGGUGGGGCAGGAGAAGAAGGCGGUCUUAACCCGGAGACUGCAACGAUUAAGGCCGAGCUUCUCAAGUUGGUCGAGGGUCGAGGAUGGUGGACGCUUGCAUCUCAGCCAGCAGUCAAUGGCGUACGUAACGAUCACCCGGUAUUUGGCUGGGGACCUCGAGGUGAAGGUUUUGUAUUUCAGAAGGCUUUUGUCGAAUUUUUCUGCUCAGGGGAUGACUUCCACUCAAAGCUGAAGCCUUUGCUUCAGAGCUACGGACAUGAUGAGUUCGCCUGGUUUGCUACGAACGCAAAAGGUGAUUUCCAGUCAUCUACAUCGCCAGAAACAUCAACGCAGCCACCUACAGAUCCCUCAGAAGUCCCUUUUGAUGCCGACCCUUUGACCGAGAUGGACAACGGUAGUGUUAAUGCCGUGACCUGGGGUGUUUUCAGGGGUAAAGAAAUUGUUACUCCGACUAUCAUUGAGGCAGUAAGUUUCCGGGCUUGGGGAGAAGAAGCAUUCGGCAUUUGGGAAGAAUGGAGACGUGUAUUCCCUCGUGGAAGCCCAAGCGAGAAACUCAUAAGGGAAAUCAAGGAUGAUGCAUGGUUAGUUUGCGUUGUCGGCCAGCGCUUUGGGGCUGGUGGAGAUGUAGGAAAGGAGUCUAACGAGGAAGAUGGGAAGUUGCUUUGGAAGGUAUUGGCUGGGGAAUAA